AUGCGUGAAUGUAUUAGCAUCCAUGUUGGUCAAGCCGGCGUUCAAAUGGGCAAUGCCUGUUGGGAACUCUACUGCCUAGAGCACGGUAUCCAGCCUGAUGGACAAAUGCCAAGUGACAAGACUAUUGGAGGAGGUGAUGAUUCUUUUAACACCUUCUUCAGUGAGACUGGAUCUGGAAAACACGUUCCUCGUGCUGUCUUUGUCGACUUAGAACCAACUGUUGUCGAUGAAGUUCGUUGUGGAACUUACCGUCAACUCUUUCACCCUGAACAACUCAUAACUGGGAAGGAAGAUGCCGCUAAUAACUACGCUCGCGGUCAUUACACCAUCGGAAAGGAAAUUGUUGAUCUUGUUUUGGAUCGCAUUCGCAAAUUGGCUGAUCAAUGCACUGGUCUUCAGGGCUUCUUGAUUUUCCACUCUUUCGGUGGUGGAACCGGGUCUGGUUUUACUUCUCUUCUUAUGGAACGUUUAAGCGUUGACUACGGCAAGAAAUCCAAACUUGAGUUCUCAGUCUACCCAGCUCCUCAAAUCUCUACUGCUGUUGUUGAGCCUUACAACUCAAUAUUGACCACACAUACCACUCUGGAACAUUCUGAUUGUGCAUUUAUGGUUGACAAUGAGGCUAUCUAUGAUAUUUGCCGACGCAAUCUUGACAUUGAACGUCCAACCUACACUAACUUGAACCGUCUGAUUGGCCAGAUCGUCUCGUCAAUUACAGCAUCUCUACGUUUCGAUGGUGCGCUCAAUGUCGAUUUGACUGAGUUCCAGACCAAUUUGGUGCCAUACCCACGUAUCCAUUUCCCACUGGCCACUUAUGCUCCAGUUAUCUCUGCUGAGAAGGCCUACCAUGAACAGUUGAGCGUUGCUGAGAUCACAAACGCUUGCUUCGAGCCUGCUAACCAAAUGGUAAAGUGUGACCCUCGUCAUGGAAAAUACAUGGCCUGCUGCAUGCUCUACCGUGGUGAUGUUGUACCCAAAGACGUCAACGCCGCUAUCGCCACAAUUAAGACCAAGAGAACCAUCCAAUUCGUUGACUGGUGUCCAACCGGUUUCAAGGUUGGUAUCAACUACCAACCACCCACUGUGGUUCCAGGUGGUGAUUUGGCCAAGGUCCAACGUGCUGUCUGCAUGUUGAGCAACACCACGGCUAUUGCUGAAGCUUGGGCUCGUCUGGAUCACAAAUUUGAUCUCAUGUACGGAAAGCGUGCAUUUGUGCACUGGUAUGUCGGUGAAGGCAUGGAGGAAGGGGAAUUCUCUGAAGCUCGUGAAGAUCUUGCAGCAUUAGAGAAGGACUACGAAGAAGUCGGAAUUGACUCUGUUGAAGCCGAGGGCGAAGAGGAAGGCGAGGAGUACUAA